UGUGUGUGUGUCUGGAUUCCAGAGAAAACACCAUACAGAGUCCUGUCACACAUCCCCAUACUAGUUUCAUGCCUUUGCGUCUUACACUUCAAAGUCAGCAUCAAAAUAAUUGGUGACACUCACUUCUGAAGAGGAUUAUUCGAAUCAAGAUGUCAAUUUGGCGCCACUGAAGGCGUCUUAAGUUCCAGCUAUCCAAUUAUUGGGUGAUCCUCAGCUUGGCAGGGGCUGCAUUGUGCCAGGAUGCCACAAGGGUGAAAUUGAAGGCCACUUUGACCAGGGACCACUUUGACCAGGGACAUUAGUACCAAAAGGCAUUUACGAUUCAGUUUUUGGUCAACUUUAGAUUUAGUUUGGGGGUGCUGAUUCAGACAGUUGCACUGGAUAGACCACAUCAACUCUAGUUUCUGAUACAGAACAUUUGCCAUGGUCAGCAACAAGGAAGGAGUGGUAGACAGUAAGGAAAGAAGGGAAAAUAAAUAAAUAAAGAGGAAGGAGGCUCACGGACCAGUUUUUCAUCCUUGCAGCCCACUGGUGGUCUGCAGCCCACAGAUUAAGAACCACUGCGCUACAAAAUCAGAAUCAAAAGAAUUGGUGACGCUCACUUCUGCAGGGAAUUCUUUGAAUCAGGAUGCCAAUUCGGUGCAGUUGAAGGCGGCUUACGUUCCAGCAUCCAAUCAUUGAGUGACCCUCAGCUUGGCAGGGGCUUCAUUGGUCCAGGAUGCCACUGGGACCCAAUUGAAGGCAUCUCUGAAGUUCCAGGGAUCCAUUCUCCACUGUCAUGCAGUGGGGCAGCUCGUCAUCUCCCUCACGUCCCCCACUUCUGCUGCUGCUGCUCCUGGUGCUGCUGCUGGUGGGCCUGGGGGUGCAGGGCAGCGGGGAGUAUUGCCACGGCUGGCAGGAGGGUGCUGCCUGGCGGGAGGGCUUCCAGUGCCCAGAGCACUUCGACGACACGGAUGCCACCAUCUGCUGUGGCACCUGCGCCCUGCGCUACUGCUGUGCCCGCCCUGAGGCCCGCCUCGACCAAGGCGUCUGCCACAACGACCGGCAGCCCGGACCCGGUGAGCAGGGCAGGCCUGACAAGGAGGGCCCUGACGGCGCCGCAGUGCCUAUUUAUGUGCCAUUCCUGAUCGUUGGGUCUGUUUUUGUCGCCUUCAUCAUCUUGGGAUCUCUUGUAGCAGCGUGUUGUUGCCGAUGCCUGCGACCCAAGCAAGAGCCACAACAGAGCCGAGCGCCUGGAGGCAAUCGGAUAAUGGAGACUAUUCCCAUGAUCCCAAGUGCCAGCACCUCCCGAGGGUCCUCCUCUCGCCAGUCAAGCACUGCUGCUAGUUCCAGCUCAAGUGCCAACUCAGGGGCCCGGGGCCCUCCUACCAGGUCACAAACCAAUUGCUGUUUACCAGAAGGGACCAUGAAUAACGUGUACGUCAACAUGCCUACUAACUUUUCAGUACUGAACUGCCAGCAGGCUACACAGAUAGUCCCUCACCAAGGCCAGUAUCUGCAUCCACAGUAUGUGGGAUAUGCUGUCCAGCAUGACUCUAUGCCUAUGGCUCCUGUGCCAACUUUUCUGGAUGGUCUGCAAAGUGGAUACAGGCCAAUUCAGUCUCCUUACCCCCACAGCAAUAGUGAACAGAAGAUGUAUCCAGCAGUAACUGUCUAGCUUUUGAAGAAUUAGGGUGAUGGGAAGGGCAAAGGAGCCACACAGGCACACAAGCAAAAAACAUUGCCGCAGAAGACUGUGAGCAGAUGAGAAGGAACGCUUCUGGGCAGAAAAAAAGGGUUGCUGAGCAUAAUUUGUAAAUAAUUCUGGAAGGCUCAUGCAUGUCAGACAGUAUUUAUAAAAUGGGUUCAGUUGCCAAAAAAACUGUAAGAGGGUGUCUUAGAAUUAACGUUUCCAGAUAAUGCUUCCCUUCUAAUGCAUGAUUUACAGAGGCAACGGAUUAUACGGCAAAGACAUCUACAUUUCAGUCAGACAAGUGUGUGAAAGAGUGAUUAAAUGCCUGAGCCAUCAAGUGCCCUUCAGGUGUUUCACAAUCAAUGGUAGUUGCCUAGUUAAUAGAGAAUGUUUCUGUAAUACAGUACAAGGUAAUAUUUUAGUAUUAAUUGUCUUUUCUUACCUUUUCUCCCCGAGUCUAACUAUACUUCAUAUUGCUGUACUGACAAUCAGAUGACUGAAGGCUAAAUGGUGCAAUCCUUGUUAUUUAUAUAGUUCUAGAAAUGUCAAACUAAACUCCAGGAAGGGAACAUAGCUCUGAGAGUAGGAACAAAGGUUUAGCAUAAAGCAGGAUGUGUGAUCAGUGAUGGCUGAGGAUAUAUUAGGCCAAACAAGGAACGUGUCUCCCAAGUAUAAUAAUCAGUAACCUCCAGUGUGUAUUGUAAAGGCGUGCUUUCUUUUUCUUUCUUUCUUUUUUUUUUUACCUCAGCAGUUCUCAGGUCAAACUGAAUGAGUUGUUUCCAAAAUCCCAAUACCUAUUUUGUACUGUGAAUUUCACACUGGGUUGUGUUUGCUCACAAAGACUAUUUCUAGAAACUAAAUCUAAGAAUUCAGAACUCUAACCCUUAGCAUUUGGGUAAGAGUGUCCAUGACAUUUGUUGACUUAACUGAGAGUUUUCUUUAAGCAAAACUUCAUAGCCCAACUUUCAGUUAAAUAUGGGGCAGAUGACAUAUGUCCCUGGAUCUUUAUCAACCCAGUGGCUAUUUCUGAAAUCCUUUGAAUUCCUUAGACUGACCCUGUUCUAUAAAAAUAGGGGGUAAAUUGCCUCUGAAUAGAAGGAUCCAAGUAUUAGAAACAGCAACAGCUGAUUUUUU